CUCUCUCUCUCUCUCUCUCCCUCUCUCUCUCUCUCUCUCUCUCUCUCUCUCUCUCUACUGGUGCACGAGGAAGUUUUGUCUGCGGGUGUGUGUGUGUGUGUGUGUGUGUGUGUGUGUAGGUGGGCUGUGUGUCCACCUCCCUCUCGUCAUUUCCUGAAUCCUGCUCCGACAUGAGCGAACACUAAUGACUUGAAAAGUGGAAAAUGAAACGUUAAGAUAAGCUCCACCCCUCUUUGUUCUGACAACAUCCACCAAUGGGCUGAGGGUGUGGGCGGGGCCAGCCUGAGUUCUAAGAUGCUAUUGGAGGAGAGGCUCAUCAAGCGGUCUCAGCAGAAGAAGAGGACCUCGCCUCUGAACUACAAGGAGAGGCUGUUCGUCCUCACCAGGACCAGACUGACCUACUACGAUGGGAAAGCUCAGAAGUUCAGAAGAGGCUCGAUCGAGCUGAGUCGGGUCCGAUGUGUGGAGAUCGUCAAGAACGGAGGAAGAAUCAUUCCCUGUCAGAACAAAUACCCAUUUCAGGUGGUGUAUGACACCAACACACUUUAUGUGUUCGCUCCGAGUCACGACAGCAGAAGCACCUGGGUCCAGAGCCUGAAGGAGGAAAUAAAAGACAACCCAGAGGUCUUGCCCAAGUUUCACCCCCAGUUCUGGGAGGAGGGGGCGUGGCUCUGUUGUCGUCAGGCAGAGAAACAGGCCCCGGGCUGCGAGGAGUACAAUCUGUUUGGAGACAUUUCCAGAAAACCUUUACCCCCCAUUCCUGGAAAGGAACGGAAAGAUGGGAGGCAGCAACCUCCCCGACCCCCGACCCCUGUCGGUGAUGAUGAUGAGGAUGAUGAGGAUGAGGAUGAGGAGGAUGAGGAAGAGGAAGAGGUGGUCGUGGCUCUGUAUGACUUCCCUGCCACCGAACCACACGACCUGAGUCUGGUCAAAGAAGGCGAGUACGUCAUCCUGGAGAAGAGCGACGUGAACUGGUACAAAGCACGAAACCAGUUCGGUGAAGAAGGCUACAUCCCCAGUAACUACGUCACAGUGAAAGAAUCAGGGAACCUGGUGCAGUUUGUUUGGUUCAGUAAACAAGUCAACAGGAACAAGGCUGAGGAGCUGCUGAGGAAGGAGGACAAAGAAGGAGCCUUCAUGGUGAGAGACUCCAGCACUGAAGGAACCUUCACCGUGUCUCUGUUCACCAAGUCCACCGCAGGGGAGGGAGGAGCGGUGAUAAAACAUUACCACAUCAAGGAGACGCAGGAUUCGCCUCCUCAGUUUUACUUGGCAGAGAAACACUUGUUCAGCUCCAUCCCUGAACUGAUCGAGUACCACAAACACAACGCAGCAGGUCUCGUAGCACGGUUGAGGUAUCCUGUUGGAAGACAGGACAGAUCUGCUCCGUCCACGGCCGGCUUCAGCUACGAGAAGUGGGAGAUUGACCCCGGUGAGCUGACCUUCAUGAAGGAGCUGGGCAGCGGCCAGUUUGGACUGGUGAGGCUGGGCAAGUGGAGGGGGCAGCACAAAGUGGCCAUCAAGGCCAUCAGAGAGGGCGCCAUGCUGGAGGAGGACUUCAUCGAGGAGGCCAAGGUCAUGAUGAGACUGUCCCACCCCAAACUGGUGCAGCUGUACGGGGUGUGCAGUCAGCACACACCCAUCUACAUCGUCAGUGAGUUCAUGGAGCAGGGCUGUCUCCUCAACGUCCUCCGCCAGCGGCAGGGCAGCUUCAGCCGGGCCUCCCUGCUGAGCAUCUGCCUGGACGUCAGCGAGGGCAUGGAGCACCUGGAGGCCCACGGCUUCCUCCACCGAGAUCUGGCGGCCAGGAACUGUCUGGUGAACGACGCUCUGGUGGUGAAGGUGUCAGACUUCGGCAUGGCCAGGUACGUGUUGGACAACCAGUACACCAGCUCGUCAGGGGCCAAGUUCCCAGUGAAGUGGUGUCCUCCUGAGGUCUUUAACUUCUGCAGAUACAGCAGCAUGUCGGACGUCUGGUCCUUCGGCGUGUUGAUGUGGGAGGUCUUCACAGAGGGGCGUGUUCCAUUUGAACGCCAUCAGAACCAUGAGGUGGUUACCUUGGUCACCCGCGGUCACCGCCUUUACAGACCAAAAAUGGCCACGCCCACCAUCUAUGACAUCAUGCAGCUGUGCUGGCGCCAGAGCGCGGUGGAGCGUCCAUUGUUCUCUCAGCUCUACACGAUGAUCUCUGACGCUCUGGAAGCCGACGUCCCUCCAGCAAACUGACUCGUCCAUGAGCUGCUCCAUGGUCCUGUCUCUGAACAUCUCACAGCUCUGAACAUCUCCACCAGCUGACCUCGUCCAUCAUCUGCUGCAUGGUCCUGUCUCUGAACAUCUCCACCAGCUGACCUCGUCCAUCAUCUGCUCCAUGGUCCCGUCUCUGAACAUCUCCACCAGCUGACCUCGUCCAUCAUCUGCUCCAUGGUCCUGUCUCUGAACAUCUCACAGCUCUGAACAUCUCCACCAGCUGACCUCGUCCAUCAGCAGCUCCAUGGUCCUGUCUCUGAACAUCUCACAGCUCUGAACAUCUCCACUGAGGUUCAUGAAGCAAACUGCUGCUCCGCUCAGACGUGAACUUCACACCUGCCUCUGAAGGAGGAAACCUGUCGACCUCGUGGUUUCCUCUGAUCCUGUUGAUGACUAAAGAAGAUCAGUUUCAAAGAACCAUUUGAAUCUGACUCAGGAAACAGACUUUUACAGUAUCAUCUGUUUUCAUGUCAUUAACAUCCUGUAAAUUCAUAUUCAAAUGCAAGAGAAGAAAUAAAUGAUGUCUCAAAGCUUCCAUAUCAUGAAAAA